GCCCGACUUUGCCAACUUCCAAGAGCCGCAAAGUCAUUCAUUGCGUAGCGACGGAAACCUUUCCGACGUGCGAGAGAGGUUCGCAGCACAAGCACAAUAAAUAUCCCUUCACACGGUAUCUUCUUUUUCCUUUUAGUUUUUUCUCACACUCACAACUGCUUAAAUCCGUAGACAACAUAGAAAACUGCUUACAACCAUAGAUCCUUUUUUUCCUCUGCAACUCCCGACGCUUCUGUUAGAACGUUAGAGUCUGCUUCUCCCGUAGAACCCAAAGCCACCGCUUUGCAGAACAAAGAAAAAGAAUGGCAAGCGUUUUUGACGCCGCCCAGUUUGUGCUCGAGGGACUGCGCGUGGAUCUACACGAGUGGAAACGGUCGCCCGACCUACGCGACAAGGUGCAACGAUGCGCCACGCGUAGGGAGAGCCAAAUGGGCCAAGAGGCCUCAGCGGUUUCUUCAGUGCCGCCAUUCAGAUUUUGUCCGUUGGCCACUGCACCCGCCACGUGUGUCGUUUUUUGGGAGGCUUCACCCAGCAGGGAUAACGGAGGUGACGUAGCGCGCCGCACAUCCGCGGAGUGUUCCGUUUCUCGAGGGGCUGGCGGGGAGCGGACGACACCGAUGGCCAACGCGCCCUCCAACUCCUUGGCGCCAAAGCCGAAAGGACGGAGUGAAACGCCGACCAAGACGUCGCGGGUCGCAGAGGCUGUGGAGCCGUCGCCAGCGCUGUCACACAGCACUUCGGUGCCUUGUUCCAGUGCGGAGCCGUCGCGGUGGGAGACGGCACUCCGGCGGCUUUCACCAGCCGCUCAGCAGCUCCACGCAGACAUGGCCGAAAGAGGCCGAACAGCGAUGGCAGUUGAGGUGCAGACCACGAGCCUCUGGCAGCGGCGUGAGAACUGCCCACGAGGCGCAGAACAGCGGCGCGCGGUGCGGGACUACCUUUAUCGCAUGAACAUUCUUUCCAGCAUGGACUUCGCAAUUGAAAAGGAAGAAAGCGAGGGAGCUGUCGAUGUGUCCGCUGCUUUUGCCGAUGCCGUCAUGAACGGUACGGCACUCUGUCAGUUGGUGUCGACGCUGCUGCUGGAGGGAGACGAGCCGCUGCGACGAGAUGCCGUGCCCUGCCGAUGCCCCCGCACACUUGGGGAGGUCCGCGUGAACUACGCCCAGGCGUUGUCGGCACUACGCGGGGCUCCGCCUGCCGCGCAGGGGCAUAUGCCGUCCUCUACGUGGUCCAUUUUGCCGGAGGAUGUGUUUUUCAAAUCCACCCCUACGGCAUUAUUAGAGCUGCUUGUGCAUCUCAUCUCCACCUACCUCCCCUCGCCAGAGGAGCUGCCGGCGUGGAAGCGACCAAUGUGCUGGCAGCCCUCGGCGGAUCGUGCCGCAUUUUCUCUCCUCUCUCCUCUGAAACUGUCUGCGGCAGAGGCGGAGUGCUGUGCGUUCCUCCACACCUGUGGUGUGUUUCCCGAUGCCGCCCUGUACCGCCUGCCCGGGCCCGAGUGUCUUCUGCCCUCACCCCUCGCGGCUCCCUUUAUGGCUGACUGGAAGACGUACGUGGCCCGCAUCGACGCACCUCCGUGUUUGCUGCUGCCCUCCGUUUGGCCCUUCUUGUGCAACGGCGUGCUGCUGGUGCUGCUGGCUCGCCGUAGCGGUGCAGAGGCCGCCGCCUGCGCGGUCGAACCCGCCUCCCGCGGCACCUUCUUUGACAAUCCUCGCACGGUGUCGUGCUGCAUGGCGAACAUAUCCGCUGCCUUUCGCAUAUUUCGAGCGGUGUCGGUGCACCAGUCGUCGCUGCAGUUUUUCACGGCGGAGUCGGCGGCUGCCGUGCUGCGAGGCGAUCGGCUUCACAUCGUUACAUUGCUGCUGCAGCUGCGCGCGGAGCUGGAAGGGACGCCGCGCAGGACACCGUCGUCGCUGCUGCUGCCGCCAUCACGAAGUGCACGGCGGAAGAAAUCACCUGCCGCAGCGAGGGACGAUGAGCCGCCCCACCAGGCAGCGUUGGCCGGUGCCUCCGCAGCGACUCCUUCGUUCCAGCAGACCCCCACCGCUGCGCACUCUCGCUCAUCCUUCGCUGCCUCCCCUCCCACAUCGCUUACGCUGCGGCGGCUCGAACCAGCGACGGUCGCGAAGAAUGUGGCCCGUCGCCACAGCACUGCGUCAGACUCUGGGUCAGCGGCACCCUCGCGGUCUCCUUCCGUUCACUUCGACCCUGGACUGGGUCUUGACAACAAAUCCAACAGUGCACCGUCUUCGAAGCAGCAAGAGACGCGUCGUGCUUUGCGCUCAGAAGACAACGCUGUAUCACAGUGGUUGCGUUGCCUCGUGGGGCCCGGUUUUCGCUACACCGCCAUCGACCAAUCUUUUUCUUUCGAUGCCCGCCAUUUCGCCUUGUCUCAGCCGUGCCCUAUCUUUUCUGACGGCGUCCUCCUGGCGCACGUCAUCGGUCUGCUCGAGCGCCGCCGCUGCGACUAUUUGGACUGCGUGCAGCCGGCUACAAAAAAGGCAGCAAAGCUGUUCAACGUGCGACGCUGCCUGGCGUUUCUCCGCUCCUCUGCUGGUGUGGUGUGGGAGCUUUCUCUGCUAGACGAGGCACUGGUCAACGGAAGCGCAGAGGGUGUGUUGUCACUGUUGCGCGCGCUGCGCGGUCACUACGGGUUGGCCCGCAACAGUAAUCUGCUCUGCAGCGAAGAGAUGGUGAUGGCCACCGCAUCGGCUGCGUGA